UUGACGAACCGCCAGGGCAGCUCGGACGAGUCGCUCUACUACAUCUGUUUGAGGCUGAUGAACUCACUGUCCAAGGUUCCAGGCAUGCUGCCAUACAUCGAGCUGGCGUACGCCGAGGCCGACUCUUGUGCAGAGCAGCAGGCGCUGGCGCAGAGCAGCUUGGCGGCUUCGCCGUCGUCGCCACAACGGCCCGGCCAGCACAACGCCAGCAACAGCAACCUCAACAACCACAACAGACACAUGCGCCCCAACGGCGCCGAAUACACCACCGACAGCAGCUCUAACAACAACCUGAACCCGAACAGGAUAAGCAGCAACACCCUGAACUACCACAGUCUGCUCUACAACUGGAGCAGCACGCUUUUCACGUUUGCAACUGGUUUGCUUCCAGCGCAGAUUGCGUACGAUCCGGUCACUCCGAUCUCAAAGCUGCUUAAACAGGGCGCCCCCCUGUGCCUUCUUUUCAACGCUUUGAAACCAGAGAACGCUAUCGACAUUGUCAGCUCCGACGACAUGAAGAUCUGCAAAAUGAACAUCUACCAGUUUUUGAGUGCGUGCAAGCUGCAUUUGAACAUCAGAGACGACGAACUAUUCCCUGUCACUAUGGCCUUUUCAGACAACACUUCUCACCUAUUGAGGGUCAUCCGCUCGGUGAAUUUUGUGCUCAACUUGGAGCCUUCCUUUAUAUCUCCGGCCAUUCCAGACCAACUCAAAAUCACAGACGCCAGAUCAAAAAUAGUCAAGGAGCUGAUAGAGACCGAGAGAAGGUAUGUCCAGGACCUUGAGACGCUGCUACAGUAUAGAGAAGAUCUUAUCAACUCUGAAUGCUUGCUGAGUGAAGACAUCACCAUGCUAUUCCCGAACCUCACAGACAUUAUCGAAUUUCAGAGAAGAUUUUUGGUUGGCUUAGAGUGCAACGCAAGCGUACCUAGUAAAUAUCAGAGGAUAGGCUCUGUAUUCAUUCAUGCAGGUGUCGAGGGCUUCAAGAUAUAUGAGAACUGGUCUCUGUUGCAGAGUUUUGCCAUAGAUUUGAUAAGAAGAGAAGCACUCAAGAUGCGAAAUGCGUGUAAAGUCAUCAAGGACCCAUACGAUCUUCAGAAUUUCUUCCUUAUUAAGCCGAUACAGCGGUUGGUCAAGUACCCCCUACUCUUGUCACAACUUUUGAAAGAAACCGACCAGUCCUGGCCAAACUACAACGAGCUGCACCAGGCUUACUUGAUCUCGAAAGAGGUUGCACUGUGCAUCAACGAAUCCCAGCGAAGAUCGGAGAACAUUCAACAUCUAAACGAUUUGAAAGACAAAGUCGUGGACUGGAAGGGAUACAACACUCGAAACGUGGGUGAAUUACUAUACUUCAACAUAGUAACUGUCAAAGACCUACUUGCCGAUGGCCAUUCAAAUGAAAAAGAGGUACAUUGUUAUUUGUUUGAGAAAGUGAUAUACUUUUUUAAAGAAACUUCCCCAAAGAACAAGAUUUUGGGCUCCAAGAAGAUGUCAAACCUCUCAUUGACAAACGCCUUAAACAACAGCAUGAGCAAUACCACACACCCGGUACAGCUCUCAUUGAAUGGCAUCGUUUACAUUAGCAAAAUAUACAAGAUACUGUCCUCGGACCUAUCUCCAUACUUUGGCGCCGUGCAGGGACACUUCCUCACCUUGAAAUGGAAGGGAAACAAAGAUACGGGCGGAUGUGUCAUGAAAUUCAGAUCCGAAGAACAUUUGAAGCAGUGGAACAACUCGAUCAAAAAGUUAUCUAUAGACACUGGCAUCGACGACAUCUAUGCCACACACAACAGCUCCAAAAGUAUGAGUAGCAUCUCGAGCUCCACCAGCAUGUUGACAGGUAACACAAACAGAUCAAGUAACACGAGCGCUUCUACAAACAACAACAUAUUGAACAACAAUAGAAACUCGGACAGACUUAGAUCAUCAUCAGACUCGACAACAUUCAUGAAGAAGCUCAGGUCGACAAGCAGCUCAAGCUUUACCAAUCUAUCCAACAUCUCAUAUCCACCGUUGCCUACAGAAAAAAUGAGGUCGCUUUCCAUCACCAGCACCAACGGUGCUACAAUCAGUUCUGGUAAUUCUACGAUAAACUUGUCGGUCAGUUCAGACAUCGACUACGACACCCUCAUCAGUAUACUGGUGAAGAAGAUGAACUACAGCAUGAGUUCGGAAAACGCUUUUACCACUUCUAACGUGAGCUUCAAAUUCAAAGACGAAGAUGGUGAUUUCAUCCGUUUCCAAGGAGACGAUGACUGGGCGAUUGCCAGGGAGAUGCUGGAAGAA